AUGGCUUCUUCAGAAGAAUCAGCACUGAAAUCCACUCGGUCUCAAUGGUAUGUUACCGACCUCAGCAUUAGCUUGGAGUUCCACAACCACAACUUGGCCAUCGUUUCCGUCGUCGUCUUCGCCUUCGUCGUCCUCGUCGUCCUCCUGUUCUUCCAUUUCAUCCGUCAAUACCGCGAGUUAUCUUCCGGGCACAGAAGCCACGAGUUGCGAGUUGGAGGGAUCGCCGUUUCCGGCCGGGUUCCGAAUCGGAAUAAAGGGCUCGACGAAGCCACCAUUAACAGCUUGCCGACGUUCGUGCACACGCCGGAGUCGGGAGGCGGCGGCGCGGUUAUUAAAGAAAGUAGUGAGUGUUCCAUAUGUUUGGGAGUGUUUGAAGAAAAUGAAAAGAUAAAGGUGAUUCCAAAAUGUAUGCACGUGUAUCAUUUGGAAUGCCUUGAUAAAUGGCUGUGUAGCCAUGGAAAUUGUCCUCUUUGUCGAUCCACCAUCGAUUCAUCUCCUACUGAUCAAUUGCCUGCUUAA